UCAGUCAGAGGAGUGAGAAACAGUACAGAAGAGAGAGAGAGAGAGAGAGAGAGAAUGGAGGUACAGUGGAUUCUGGUGUGCCAUGGUUUAGUCACACUGCUCCUUCUAGUCUCCUUCCUCUGCGGCCAAUGGCCCAUCUUCGACGGCACCCCCAUCCAACGCAUCAACCACUUCCUCACCUUCGGCGCCUAUGAUUACUUUCAACGGUUUGUUGGGUUUGUGUUUGGAGCCAGGGGGACAAAUGCCAUAGCCUCCGCGGAGUAUUUCUGCUGCGAUCGACCGAAUCCAAUCUUACAGAUCAUGUAUUUUGCAAUAGUAGGAGGAACCUAUUACUUGGUUGCAACUUCUUCCUUCCGUUACAUUCCUGGCUAUUAUAUAAGUGAAAUUCACAGGUAUGCUAGCUUGUUCGCUGUUGGAGUCGGUGUUCUGCUCUUUCUAUUGGCUAGCUUUUCUGAUCCAGGAACUGUGAAAGCUGAUAAUGUUUCUCUGUAUCUAUCUGCUUAUCCUUAUGAUAAUAUUAUAUAUUCUGAGAAAGACUGUUCAACAUGCAAAAUUCCAAAACCUGCUAGGUCAAAGCAUUGCAGCAUAUGUGAUCGAUGUGUUGCCCGUUUUGAUCAUCAUUGUGGAUGGAUGAAUAAUUGUAUAGGUGAGAGAAACACCCGGUACUUCAUAGCUUUUCUUUUGUGGCACACUUUACUUUGCAUAUAUGGAACAGUGGCCAUUGGGUUAAUUCUUGCUGGACAAGUUAAAGAAUUCAAAGUUAUUGAUAUUCUAACUGUUUAUUAUGGUAUAGAUAAUUCUUUUCGCGGUUUAACACCGCAUGUUGUGCAGUGGUUGUUGGGCGCCUACAACACUCAAAUACUUCUAAUGGUGUUUCUGGCAAUUGUUUCACUACUAUUGGCGGGUUUCUUUGGUUACCAUGCAAAACUUUGUCUCACAAACACUACAACUAAUGAGACUUUCAAGUGGCAAGACUACAUAAGCUGGCAGAGGAAGCUGAAUGAAGCAAGGGCGAGUUCUGCAGCACUCAAAGCAAGUAUCAAUGGGACGGAUAGUGAAAGAAAACCUCCAGAGAGCAAAUGGAGAGCCAUUUUCCGAAGAUCACCACUCAAAGAGGUGGACGUUGUGGUUAAGAAUAACAUGUACAAUAAAGGAUUCUUCCAGAAUAGUCUUGAGGUCAUUGUUCCCCUCUCAACAAGACAGCUGGCUUCGCGAACCAAAUCAAAGUCUGGCUAAGAAAGACUUCUGGCUUGCUGUCGAUGUUGUAUGCUUGCUUCUCGUUGUUUCUUCCACCAACUGAUUGGCUUCAGAGCCUGUCAACCCAAAAUUUCUCAUGGUUAGAUGGCCAGCAACAGCAAAAGACGGAGGGUUUUUGCUGCGCGGAUCUAGCACGAUCGGAUGCUUGUUCUAGCGUUCUGUAACAUAACUGAUUCUUGCGGAUGCCUAGGGGCUAGGCUGAAUGUGGUUGGCGGAUUAUUUGACAAAAGUCGAUUUGCGUACAAAUAUUGUCAUUUAGCUCAGGGGAUUUUGCUUGUAUAAAAGGCUAGCCAGACAUUUUUCUCUUUUAUUUUCUGUAACAUGAUACACUUUACUCACUUAUUCAACGCAAGAAUGAUGCAAUCAUUCUUUCUACUUGCA